ACGAUCGUAAAAAGCGAGGCGAUCGAGGUGUCAACGACGAGGCGAGGCACCGUUCAGCCUGGAGGUUUCGUAUGACGUUUACGUCACGCCCGCUUGACAUUUCGUGCUCGACGCGCGAGUUUCGCGACCGUAUAUAUAAAAAUACAAGGUUACCAUCGGCAGCUUCGUCGAACAAACCACGACGAGGGAAAAUUCGCGACUUUUCUUCCGUGAUGUUUUGAUCACGCUCGCCGUUUCCGUACUCUCUCUUUUUCCGCUUCCCUGUCAUCGGAGGAUGUCCUGCGACGCCGUCUCGUCGCCGAAGACGUGACCCCGUCCCCAGGAUUUAUUUGAGUUUUUGCCGGAAUCCCGAGGAAAAGUGCCAGGCCUUCCGAGGGGUUUGUUAUGUUGCGCUCGUCAUCUCGCGAUAGGUGCGGAAAGUUCAUGGACACACGUAUAUGAUUCUGUCUGUGCACACUACACUGCAUAAUUGCUCAAGAAAUUAUCUGAUGCAUGUUGAUAAUGACCUGUGUGCUGUUCGACAACAGUGAGGAGAAUACACUGUGAUGGGGUGGGUGAUAUCCACCGCAGCAUGCAUUUUCAUAUGGAGUUGCUUGCUGCGGAGCAUCAAUCUGGCUCCGCAGCCAUCUCCAAAGCAAGUGCCGUGCGAUAAGACAAGGAAAGUCUUCACAGACUCAUGGGGAAUUAUCAGCGAUGGACCUAUGGGUUCAAAUUAUACUCAAGAUUCCCACUGCGAGUGGCUCAUUAAAGCUAAUCAUAGUCGUCAAUUUAUUACAUUGAGUUUCCGGACUAUGGGUACAGAGUGCAGCUAUGACUAUGUAUUUGUUUACGAUGGAGAUUCCUUUCGUUCCCCCCUUCUGGGUAGCUUUAGUGGCAAAACAGAGCCUCAACAAGUGACAUCAUCAUCCGGUUAUAUGUUGAUAUUAUUAUAUAGUGACACAAACUACGUCCUAGAUGGUUUUCACGCAGAAUUUUCAGUAACGGAUUGCCCGAACAAUUGCACUCAUCAUGGAAAGUGCAUCAACAAUACAUGUUUUUGCGAAAACGAUUGGGGAGGUAAAGACUGUUCUCGAGCACUCUGUCCAAACAAUUGCAGUGGCGCCGGUAUCUGCGGCUUAAAAAGAUGUGAAUGCAAUAGUGGAUAUUCCGGACAAUCUUGUUCUUUGCAUAAAACGCAUCCAGAAGGAAAUCGAUGGCAUUGGCUUUCUCAUUCGGAAAGUGGACUAAGACCACGCGCAGCUCAUACGGCAGUCUACGUUCAGGAAACGGAUUCACUUUACGUUUUCGGCGGCUACGAUCUUAACUAUAUUCUCAGCGACUUGGAAGUGUACAGGUUUAGUACAAGCCAAUGGGAAGAUGAAUACGGGAAUGUAUUAGAAGGUGCUGUAUCCGCCGAAUAUCUGGAUCCUAUGUUGAUCGCUACCGAAUUACGUAAUCCUGGCGCCAAGGAGAUAUAUGGCCUACCGACGUCAUCUUUAAUCUGGAAAGUCCUUUAUAGCAUCAAGGAUAAUAAUACUUUCAGUCUGUUCGAUCGGACCGCUAACGGCAGUCGUGAACACGGCACGCGAGAAUUCCGGAACUUGCCUAAGGUGAACGAGAAAAGUAGAAGCACCAUUAGGAUCGAUAGGAACGACGAUCCCAGGAGAAAGCAUCCGCGAAAUAUAAAACCACGAUAUUCGCAAAUGUCGACAAGAUAUCGCAGAAAUUUAGAAAACUUAUAUCGAGAACAUGAUGCAACAGACGUACAAAACGACAAUGCGAAAUGGGAGGAACAGGUGGUAGCAGGGCCCGCUGAAGAUAAUAUAUUCAUGCAAGAAUUUAUAGAUCCAAAAUUAACCACGAGCGAGUCACUGAAAGAGGAAGUUACAGAACCAACUAUUAAUGAGUUACCCAAACCGGGUCCUCGAUAUGGUCACGCUGCGUGUAAAUAUCAAGAUGGUUUUGUAAUCUAUGGAGGAAAAGUAUCGGAAGAAGACGGUUCUGUGUCGAAUGAACUGUGGCAUUACAAUGUAAACAAGCGUACAUGGACUUUACGUGCUAAAAAUUCUCCUUUCUAUCCGCCCAGACUCACAAGACAUACUUUAACUCUGGCAGGCGAUUACAUCUAUUUGUUCGGAGGCAGCACUCUUGAUGGAGAAUUUUCGUCCAGACUUUAUAAAAUCAAAUUAAAUUUAUCGGAUUCUACGGCAACCAGCGAAAGGUGGAUAGAGGUGCGACCUCGAGGUGGUAAGGAACUCGAUGUACGCGUGGUGGCGCACUCGACUGUGUACCAUCGCGCUACCAAUUCCUUGCUGGUAUAUGGCGGUGUAGUUGCUAGCGUUGCCCGUUUCAGUAAAUUAUCGGAUCGAAUGUUUGUUUUUCAAUUUGACAGAAAAGUUUGGUCUGAGAUUCAUUAUCCGAGGGCACACUUACGAGAUACAUACGUACCAAGAGAACGCGCAUUUCACACGUGUAAUAUCAUAGGAAAUUAUCUAGUGGUAUUCGGUGGAUAUUCUCAUAGACAUAACAAAGAGGAGAUCUGUUAUGACAAUCAAAUGUAUCUUUAUCAUCUCGGUUGUCAUGCUUGGGUGAGCCACGAUGUGCUAGGCUUAAACGAUAAAGAUUCUCGUUAUCCUAAGCAACAGGGCGUAUUCGCACACGCAGCGGAUGUACGUAAUGGAAAUAUCCUGUUGCUCGUCGGUGGAUAUCACGGCAACGUAAAUGCCGAUCUUCUCGCAUACACUUUGCCGCCUAUGUUGGCGCCGGGAAAUGAGGAUUAUAUCGAACCGGAACAGAUUUGUUCAAGACAUAAGAGUUUGAUGGAGUGCGCGGCAAAUCCUGAAUGCGGCUGGUGUUCUGCAGACGAGAUAUGUUAUGGUCGUACAAUAGGUAGCAAUUGUACAACGAAUCUUCAAACGACGCGCUGUCCAGGAGUUUGUCCCGCUUUAGGCGACUGUCAUUCUUGCUUAAUACACGGUCAACCCGGUGGCGGCUGGGGUACAAAUUUUCGCGGCAGGAAAUCCGUUUCGAACAAGCUUAAUCUAGGUACGUGCACGUGGUGCGUCCAGAACGCUCGCUGUCAUCACAAGGACGACAAUUAUGGCGUAUGCGGUUUGCGGGAUGAUACGCCCUCACAAAUACCAGGCUGGUGGGGUUCGAAAGGCACAGAGAUUACCAAGGUCGAGGAAUGUCGAGAGAUGGAUAGAAGGCCGGGUCUAACCUUCCUCAAAUACAAGCCGCCAGCGAAUUACAGCCAGCCUGACUCGGUUGCUAUAGUAAAUGCGACCACGGUCGAUUUUAUGCCGUCGCAAGGCGCGAAAACAGAGACGGCGUUGGGUGGCGAUAUGGUUGCUAGAUUGACCGGUUUCCUCAGACCGCCGAAUUAUUUUUGGGAUAGCGCGGCAGAGCAGUUGAAAAUCUGCAUCGGUUACAAUAGCGCGACGCUUCACGUAUCGCGAAACGAUGAUCCCGAUAAGCUGGAGCUGGUCGCCAAUUUCACUGCAGAAACAUCGCAAUGUAUACCAAUAAAAUGGUCGGAUGGACAUCCGAUGGAGCUACAACCAGGUCGUUAUCUGUUGAACUUCGAAUCGAAAAGAACGGUGACUGCAAACAACUAUCCUCAUGCAAGUAAAAUGGAAAUCACACACAAUAAAAAAAUGGAAAAUGCAAAAGUCUUUACAUUCGAAUAUCUAGAGCCGUAUCAAAAUGGUUCUUGCCAUCAGUAUAGCAAUUGCCUGCACUGUCUAACGGAUUCUUCGUGUGGUUGGUGUGACAUCACUUACCAGUGUUUACCGCGUUCGGCUAACGAGACAGAGAGUUGUGCGGCAGAUGUGGAUUGGAACGAGCGGGGCGAACCGAUACGCGAAUGGCAUUAUUUGACGAUCACGCCAUCGACAUGCGCCAACUGCUCCAACUAUAUUUCUUGUGAGUCGUGUGUAAGCACUAAACUGUGCGAAUGGUGGACGGAGGAAGCAAAAUGUGCACGGAUUGGCCGAGUGAAAGGCUCUGCGGUAAGUCUGGAGGAAUGUCCGAUCCCAUGUCGGCAACGCUUCAAUUGCACUCAGUGUCUGGACGAGCGUGGUAGGUGCGUAUGGUGUGAAGCCACACGCGAAUGCUUUUCCUUCUCCGUGUACACAUCUGAGUAUCAAUUCGGCCUGUGCCGGGAAUGGAUGGAUCAGGCAGGUCUCAUGGGUGUUACAUCACGCAGUUCAUCGUUGACUGGCAACGAUCAGUGCAAAAGCUGCAGCCGGCAUUCAAAUUGCUCAAGUUGCUUACACUCGCUCAGUUGUGGAUGGUGCUACAGCUUGGAAAAUCCCAUCACUGGGGUAUGCGUACAGGGUGAUUUCAAUCAACCACAUGUCAAUUGCAGCGUGGUCAUCAACGAGGAUCGAAACAGUAGUCUAAAAGCAGACGAAUCCGGUUGGGCGUACGCGCAAUGUCCAGAUGUAGACGAAUGCGAUCUUGGUCUUCACGAUUGUCAUCCCGACGCACUUUGCACCAAUACGCAUGGCAGCUUUAGCUGCCAAUGCAAGCGCGGUUUCAACGGCGAUGGCAAGGAAAACUGUACCAAAACUUGUUACGAAAGAUGUGUUAAUGGAUAUUGCAGCGAAGCACCGGACUACAAAUGCGAAUGCAACCUCGGUUGGACUGGGCCUGAUUGUCGAACCAACUGCGGCUGUUACAAUCAUUCCACGUGCAUGCAGGGACCAGGUAUUUGCGACGAGUGUCAAGAUUGGACCACCGGGCGCUACUGCGAGGAAUGCAAGGCGGGCAGUUAUGGGAACGCAACAAUGCCAUUGGGCUGCCGCGAAUGUGACUGCAACGGACACGGUGACAUUGAGCUCGACGUGUGCGAUCGACAGACCGGGAUGUGCUUCUGCCGUGAUAAUACCGAAGGCGACAAGUGCCAGCGUUGUAAACGCGGCUAUUACGGCGAUCCACGCGAUGGCGGAAUGUGCUAUUACGGCUGCAUGUCACGGGGUAUGCUGGGUGGCGUGGAAAACCGCAAGCAGGGUCUUGGUAGUCGACAUUCCCAAUCUUCGCUUUGGAGAAGCUACGCGGGUGACUCGAGCGACACGCCGACAAGAGAAUGUCUUUGGAUCGUCAGUCCGGAAGUUAAUCUUUCGUCAGAUGCGACUAUACCGACGAUUCAGAGUGUAAUACAAUUUACCAUUCUUGAGGACAUUAACGUGAGUUGCCAGGAGAACAGCGUGUACGUGUAUGAUGGUCUGCCGGAAUUUGUCUCAUCUACCGGUGGUCACCAGAGCCAAUUACUAGGCGUAUACUGUACGGAAAGUACUGACUAUCCGGUGACAGUGGAGGCUAAGUCCGGCUUUUUGACGGUGCACUACAAACAAUUAGACGAGGUCUUCAACGAAGGCUUCAAUGCAAGCUACAUAGUGAUGACAUGUAAUAAUUGCCCGGGGAAUCGCGAAUGUCGAAACGGUAACUGUCUCUGCAAAUCCGGAUAUGUCGGCAUCGAUUGCGACGUUGAGAUAUGCCCGAACAACUGUACCGCCUCGAAAAAACAAGGUGUCUGCGACAAAGGAUACGGCCGCUGCGUUUGCAUAUCGGAUUAUGGUGGUCGUGAUUGUUCCAUUCAACUCAAGGAUUAUCAGUUGAUCUUCACAGAGCUAUUUAACUCGGAAUAUUUGGCCGAUCAUCUGGAUCAUUUGAGAAAAACGUUGCCGCGCUUCGGACACAGUCUGGUGGCCGAUCGACGCGGCAGUCUGUGGAUGUUUGGCGGCUACUCGCUUAGUCACGGACCCUUGAAUGACAUCAGACUCUUCGAUACAAAAAACAACACCUGGAUGCCGGUAACAGUCGAGUCUACUUCAGAAUCUACGUCCAUGCCGCAAGGUCGUUACUUUCACGCCGCUGAAAUCGUGCAUAGUAGGCAGCAGAUCUACGUGUAUGGUGGUCUAUCGAUGAAAGACGAGGAUGUGCAGGGACUGUCGAACAAUACUCUCAGCGACUUUUGGAAGUUUAGUCUGCAGAAUCAGCGAUGGAGCCAGAUCGUGCAAGAUGAGAAGAAGGAAUCGCUACCGCUAGCCGGUCAUACGUUGACUCUUCGUAGAGACGGAGAGUCGGAGAGUUUGAUUCUAAUUGGUGGUUUCAGUCCCAAAUACGGAUACCUGGACACCGUUAGAGAAUUUAAUCUGGAAACGGAAACUUGGGAUAUAGUGGAUACUAAUGGGAAUGGACCUCUAGGUAUUUAUGGUCAUUCUACGGUGUAUCAUAGCAAGUCAGAUAGCUUCUACAUCUUUGGUGGCUACACGUACGCAAUGAAUAGGACGUUCAUCUCGAACAAAUUGUACUCUCUGAAUUAUAAGACACGGAUGUGGUCGGUAUUACCACCAUUUGAGGACGAUUUUACCGAUGGCAAUAGCUUGCCACAAGCUAGAUUUUUGCAUUCCGCGGUCACGACGGACGAAUAUAUGGUGAUAUUUGGUGGCCGACAAAAUCCUCACAACACCUCGGACUCGCUAAUAGCGUAUAAGUAUUCCUGCAAUCUGUGGAUACGUUUGAUAACGAGAGAUAUGGAAACAAUCGGCAGUUCGCCACCCCCGGCUUACGCUCAUGCGAUGACUCACGCUGAUCCGGAAUCGAAUGCUAUUUACGUUGUCGGUGGCUUCGAUGGCGGCAUAAAAAGUCACGUCACGUUGAUCAACAUACCGGAAGAUCUGUGUAAACUGUGGAAAGACAAAAUCACAUGCAGAAAAUACUUUGGCUGCUCAUUUUGCGCCGUCACCACCAUUGAUAACAUCAAUAACACGUUCUGCUUCUCGAACGAAGUUUCGAGCAAUCGUGAUGACAAAUGUGACAUCAACGUUAUUCAAGCGCAACGAUCGAACGGAAUAUUCUGCAACUCGGAUUGGAUGGCUACCAGAAAGUGUCAAAGCUUCAAAACUUGCACUGAAUGUCUGGCGGAAUGGCCGUAUUACAAAGAAGACCAGCCGGUCUGCAAAUGGUGCAUCAAUUGUCCGCAUGGUAUCUCAACUAAAUGUAUCCCAUUCGACCGAGAUUGCGACGAACAGACACAAGGGCCAGAUAAGUCAUCAUGCAAAUCGGUCACCAGUGUGAAUCAAUGCAAGGAACUCAAAUGUUCGGCGAGCGACUGCAAGAAGUGUAACGAUAUUGACAAUUGCGAAUGGACGAGGCAGGUGCUGAAAACCGAGCUGGGACCAACAUUGUCAGCAGAACCCGUCUACGACUGGAAUUGCGCGCCGGUCGAUAUCUUUGAGCGGUCCAGCAUCAAGCUGAUUAGUACAAAGUGCGAUAAAAGAUGUUCCGAACAUAAAGAUUGUAGGAGCUGCUUGAAAGGUACUGGUGCUGAAGGCGGAUGGAGCGAAUGUAGAUGGUCUACGCGAUUGAACGAAUGCAUCUCACCAUCAUACCAACCACUUUACUGUGCCGGCGGCGUUUGUGGUUUGGUAUUGCGUAACGCGGAUAUGGAUCAUUGCCCGGAGCCAUGCUCGGUUUUCAAGCAGUGCAGUACCUGCCUGAAACACUCGCACUGUGGCUGGUGCUCCCUGGAUUCUGCUGACAUAACCGGUCAAGGGAUAUGCACGGAAGGAUCACUCGAAGCGCCGACCGAUCAUCCAGCGGGCGGUACCUGCGAGAUGCUCUAUCAUCAACAUUUCCCGGGGACCGAAACGUCAAUUAUCACCACGACAUUGCAUUCCACAGACUUUCUAGAGUCGCAAGACAAUAACAUCACGUUGUCAUCAUCGUUAUCAUUACUUAACCGCUCGACCGUAACACCAGAGUUCUCGUGGCACUAUGUCCGCUGUCCGCCAGAAAACGAGUGCGAAAACGCACAUCACUCUUGUUCACCGAAGAGCGAGAAGUGUUUCGAUCUGGAAGAGGGUUUCGAAUGCAAAUGCGGAGACGGAUACAAGACUGAAACUACCAGCGAUUUAAGUAAAAAGAUCUGCGAGCCAAUGUGCACGCAGGGUUGCGUGAGAGGCACAUGCGUCGAGCCAGAUUCGUGUCUUUGCGAUUUUGGUUACGUAGGCGCCAACUGUUCCAUCCAGUGCCAGUGUAAUGGCCACAGCAAAUGUGACGGACCGGACAAGCUCGAUUCUUGCACACAUUGUCAUAAUAACACAAUGGGGGCCCAAUGCGAAAAGUGCUUGCCGCUGUUUGUCGGCAAUCCUGCGGACAAUGGUCAGUGCGUGCCGUGUCUCGAGUACUGCAACGGACACACGAGAAUCUGCAUCAACGAGAGUAUGACUGUGCCCGAUCCAAUCGCGGUGCAAAAGAUGUCGGAAGAGAUGUUGAAUAAACAGAUAGGCGAGGGACCGAUGGCCAAGGCCAAAUGCAUCAAUUGCGGCAACAAUACCAAGGGCGACAAAUGCGGCGAGUGCAUGACCGGUUUCUUCCGCGGCACAGAAGAUCUGCGUGAUGUAUGUCGACCGUGCGAAUGCCACGGUCACGGCUUCACGUGCGACCCUGUGACCGGCGAGAAAUGCAACUGCGGUAACAAUACGGAAAGCGAACCGUCCUGCAUCAGCGGUCCCAUGAAAGGCACGAACACGGGCGGCACUCCGUGCUGGAAGGUGCAAUGCAGCAAAUGCAGGGAGAACUACGCUGGCACGCCGACGAUGGGUCAUCAGUGUUACAAGACCGUCACGGUUGACAAUAAAAUGUGUUUCGACUCGAAAUUGAUAGACGAAUGCAAAAUGAAGCCGAAGCCCUUGAAUCCUGGCCAGACUGUUUUCUAUAUGGUACAGCCUCGAUUUAUGAAUGUGGACAUCAGAGUGAUGGUAGAUGUUACUCAAGGCGCCUUGGAUUUAUUCCUGAGUCCUCGAGAUGAUUCCUUUGUCGUCACUUUGAACUCAUCGACCGGAUAUCAAGACGUCGAGUUGGAUAGCAGAUUUAGAUGGCGACCUGAUCAUUCUGAUACGUGGUUGGAGGAACAAUUCAACAGUAAGCUCCGAACCGUCGAGUUUCAUUCUCACGGUUUCGGCGCGGUGAACGGUACCACCACGGAACCAACGUGGAACACCGGGCCGCAAUAUUUCGUGAUGGAGCGCUACGCAGAAAACUUGGCCACCUUUCUGACAAUCAACAAAAGAAAUACGUUCCUAGUGAUACGUAAUCUGACAAAUCGAUUGGUGCUGACAUUGCCACAGGAUAAACACGAGCUCGGCCAGACCAAGUUCCACAUUGCGUUACGAGCGAUCGAACCGUCGAAUCCGGAACUGAAUAGCCGCGCCGCCUAUGGAAUGAUUUUCUUUCGACAAGAUCAGCUGCACAUCGACCUAUUCGUCUUCUUCUCGUGUUUCUUCUCCUGUUUUUUCCUAUUCUUGGCGGCAUGCGUGGUCGCGUGGAAAACGAAACAGGCGGCGGACGUGCGCCGCGCUCGGCGUCGUCAUGUUGUCGAAAUGCUGCACAUGGCGAAGCGGCCGUUCGCCUCGGCAACGAUAAUCUACGACCGAGAUGGCGGCGAGUGUAGCCCGAGCUCGCCGCAGCGCAAGGGCAGACGCGGCAAGCAUGUCAACUUUCAUAGCGAUGUGAGACCGGUCGCUGUCGAACCCACCGAUGACAGCGUCGCCGCGGUAGCCACGGUGUUCAUUAGGUUACCCGGUGGUCGCCAAGCACCUGUCAAAUUGGCUUUGGGCAGCUCGCUCAUACUCUUAACCAGAGUCUAUCCUGUCAACAGCCGAGUGUUCUUAAGGCGUAGAAAUAGCCAUGCGACGAACUGAGCCUGCGUCACAGUGGAAUCUCGAUCUCGACAAUCUUCGAGUUCCACAUCACGAAUAUCAGUCUUUUCAUCGUUGAACUCUUCCGGGACAUCGUUGAUGAGAGUUUCCGAUGUUUGAGCAUUCUAUCUUGAAUUAAAAUAGCUAUAGUAGAGUCUGGAUUAAUUGAUGAUCCUAAGAAAUUGUAUAAUAAUCCAUUUAAUGGGCUAUUUCUUCUUUUUAGGACGCAGUUUUAAUGCGCUAAAGAUAACAUACAAGAUGUAACAUAAUCGAGUUAUAACGUAAACUUUAACAAAAUACGUUAAUAUACUUUACUUUAAUUGCAACAUCUCCGAUAUAUCACAUAAUUUUAUCGGCUUUUAUUCGGAAACUGUUCUCUUUUAUUGGUCGCAUUCAGUGGAUUGAACAGUUGGGCGACUAGGUUUUCAUAUAUAUUAUAUAUAUAUAUAUAUAUUCGGAAAAUCUAUAUAAUAUAUGAAAAAAAUCUAUGUAAUAUAUGAAAAAAAUCUAGCGUUGAAUCCCCAUUUGAAGUCGUUGAAUGCGGCUAUUGAUCUCAUCGCAUACGCGUAUUAUUAAUUGGCAACAGA